AUGGAGAGCCCCGGCGGCAGCGGCUCCUUGCGGGGCGACAUCAGUGCGUGGGCAGCGCCGGGGGCCGGGGACAGCGCCGGGGGCCGGGGACACCGCCACGGGCACGGGGGGCUCCUCGGGGAAAAGGCGGGCAAGGAGCCGCGCCGGGGACAGACGGGGCUUGGGGCUUGCGGGAUGAUUCGGGGCUUGCAAGGUUUUUGGGCUGACAGGACCCCUGUUCACGAGGCCGCCCGCCGCGGGGAGAUCCUGCAGCUGCAGCAGCUGAUCGAGAGCGGCGCCUGCGUCAACGCCGUCACCUACGACUCCAUCACGCCCCUGCACGAGGCCAGCCUGAGGGGACACCAGUGUGUCAAACUGCUGCUGGCCGCGGGCGCCCAGGUCUGCAUCCCGCCGGGAAUGCUCCGGGAAUGCUCCGGGAAUGCUCCGGGAUGGCUCCUGCGAGUCCUCGACUGCUCCCAGCAUCCUGCUGGAGCAGGAAUUCCCAUUUUUCACCCGGAUUUUCCCUCUUUUCCCCCAGGCAGCCCGGAGUGUGUGCAGCUGCUGAUCGAGGUCGGUGCCAACCUGGAGGCGCACGACUGCCACUUCGGGACCCCCCUGCACGUGGCCUGCGCCCGGGAGCACCUGGACUGUGCCAAGCUGCUCCUCCAGGCAGGAGCCAACGUGAACGCGGCCAAGCUCCACGAGACCGCUCUGCACCACGCGGCCAAGGCGCGCAACGCCGACCUGGUGCGGCUGCUGGUGGAGUUCGGCGGCAACAUCUACGCCCGCGACAACCGCGGCAAGAAACCCUCGGACUACACCUGGAGCAGCAGCGCCACCGCCCAGUGCUGCCACUUCUACGAGAGGACCCCUCUGACCCUGUCCCAGCUCUGCCGCGUCGCCGUGCGCCGGGCGGCGGCGCAGCGCGGGCAGCGGGGGCUGCGCGGCCUCCGCGGCCUGCAGCUCCCACCGCGCCUCAUCCGAUACCUCUGCUACAACUGAGAGCACGGAAUUCCCAAAAAACACCCCGGGAUUCCCAAAAAACACCCUGGGAUUCCCAAAAAACACCCCCGGAAUUCCCAAAAACCAUCCCGGAAUUCCC